AAAAUUUAAAACUGCGGUCUUCCUGGCUUCGAUGGUUUCUUCAUCGUCUGAUUCUGAUUCAGCUUUAAGCUCUUGAGUUGUUAAGAGUUUUAUGGUGUUUUGUCGAGUUGAGAAUUUCUUCUCUGGAUUGAAUAUUGGCUCGGGUAUCACUCCGGUUCGGUUUCGUUAAAACGGUAAACUUCAAGAUCGAGACAUGAACAUCGGCAUGGCAUCAGUUACACAGGUUCCAUCCGGCUUUUCGAUGCUCAUUCUUUCUCGAUUACAUUACAAGCCCCUCAAGCUCUGGAAAUCUCCCAAUCCUCCCCCAAGGAUCGAGACUCGCACACCCCGUGCUCUAACUCUCUGCUACAUGAACACAUCGUCGCGCGAGCCUGCUCCAGCAACAACAUACGCACCCGAACCCGAAACAACGCUGCUGCCUGGAACCGGCAACAUCUUCGAAACGAUGGGUUCGUCUCUCGACCCAGUUGAAGCUUCGAUAACGGAAACUGAUCACUCCGUCGACGGGCCGUAUCGAUAUAUGCAGCUUCAGUACCUCAGAAAACCUCUGUGGCUUCUUGGCCCGGGGCUGCUCUUACUCACCGGAGUCGUCCCCACCUUAUGGCUCCCGAUUUCGUCGAUCUUCCUGGGUCCGAACAUUGCCAGCCUCCUCUCCCUCACGGGCCUCGACUGCGUCUUCAACCUUGGCGCAUCCCUUUUCCUCCUCAUGGCAGAUUCCACCGCUCGAUCCGACAACAGCAGCGCUCUGAGCCAGCCUCCGUCCAGCUACCGGUUCUGGAACAUGGCUGCGAACAUUGCCGGAUUUCUCGUGCCGCUGGCGCUGUUCUUCGGUUCCCGGCAAGGUUUUGUGUUCCUGCAACCACAGUUUUCAUUCAUUUCGUUCGCGGUUCUGCUGGGUCCGUAUUUCCUGCUGCUGUCAGUCCAGAUCCUUACGGAGAUGCUGACGUGGCACUGGCAGUCGCCGGUCUGGCUGGUGACUCCGGUCGUCUACGAGGCAUACCGGCUGUUGCAGCUGAUGAGAGGGCUGAAGCUCGGCCCGGAAGUUAGCGCACCGGGGUGGGUGAUGCAUGGUGUCCGGGCAUUAGUGUGCGGUUGGGUCGUGGUUCUCGGCGUGCAGCUGAUGCGAGUCGCUUGGUAUGCUGGAUUCACCGCCCGAGCUUAUCAGAAACACCCCGGUGAUGCUCCGGCCGACGGCUGACGCCGCCGGAUUCCGGUCGCCGCCGUGCCGGCGAUGGUUGCAUGGACUUACAUGUAAGAUGCCUUCUUCUGUUCCUGGGAAUUAUUAGUGUAUAUAUAAAAAUGAAUUUACUUAGGUGUUUUGUUUUCAUUAUUUUUGUUUUUAUUUUUAAUAAAGUAAUGCAUUAAAUAUUAUUUAAGUACAAAAUUGAAACUAUAACUCUGGGCUACAGAAUGACUUGUUGCAUGUGCUUAGAAAAAUGUAGAAUCUUGAGUUACAAUUUAGUGCUACUACUUAUUAUUU